AUGCACUCGCCUGACGGCAUCAAUAAUCACCUUCGUUGGGCAGAUUUGCCUGCAGAGAUUCGACUGAUGAUUUUGGAGCAAGUCGAGGUCAGAAACAAGGGACAUGAUUUGUCAGACUGGGCAAGGGUCUCAAGGGAAUGGCAAGCCUUCUUCGAACCGCAGAUUUUCCAACACCUGAAGCUUCAAUAUCCUGGUUCUGACAUCGAAAAUUUGAGCCUCUUUGUUCACGGCUACCGAAGAGGUCUCAUCAAGAGGAUCUCACUUCACGUGAGAACUGAAGAGUACGACAAUAAGGACAAGUUCGAUGAACUGGAGACUCAAGACACGAUCAAUGCGAACAAUAAACUCUUCAGUCGGGCCAUAAAAACAUUAUUCGCGUCGCUUUCUACAUGGUGUAAUGAGUCACCUAAUAGUGGUAUUGAAUUGAGGUUGAGCGCCAGCUCUCCGAGCGAUUCAGGCCACCCUUGGAAGUAUCGCGCCGAGACGAGUCAACAUGAUCGGAGCCGUGUACACUCUCUGAAUUCCAAACGACGUCUUCUUGGAAACUUAUUGGGCAUCAGCUCUGGCGCUCUCAAGCUUGCGCGGGUCCCCAUCAUCAGAAGGUUUUCAGUGAAUCAACAUUGCUAUAGAAGCCUGUCGAGGGCAUUACUUGCGAAAAUUCUUCCCAGUCUUUGCCGUCUCAAAACCAUCAGCUACGAGCCAUGGCACGCGAUUACUCGAAACGAACAGUUUCCCCGCGACGAGGCAAUGAUUACGCUGCUCGACCUCGCCGGCGAACUUGUCACGAUAAGAUCGGUGCAUAUUUGGGAAGCGCAGUCUCCACUGAACGGAAACAAACGUUUUAUUAGGUUUUGCAACGACCGCCUCGUCUCUUCAUCGGUUAACGCAAGCUAUCGUCUCCGAUGUUUUACUCUAUGUCACGCUGUUGAUGCUAGAAAUUUUUUUCGGUGUGCACUGAGGGAUGCGCCGGACAAUCCUCUUGGGCCAUCAGAUGGUUCUCGUACCUGGCCGGGUCUUAGAUACCUAGCCCUGACGACAAAUGUUGGAGAUCUGAUAUCCAGCCAAUCAUCGCUGGAACAGCUGAUUCUCCAGGCGAGCUGGGCCGCUUUGCGCAUGCCUUUACUGAGGAUGAUGGAAAUCUGGGCUCCAGGCGCCGGCGAGGGAUUCGUCUUCAGAUAUCACCUUUGGAAAGAAUCGCCACUGGUUACCCUGAUAGCGACAUGGCAGCUCGAAGUGAGCAAGAAAGCUUUGGAGUCAUGGAAAAAAGUGGCAGCUGGCUCCACAGAACACGAAUUGAUCUGCAACGUGAAGCUGGCGAGGUCGGGAACCACGACUUCGGACUCACCAUACGCCCUUUGUAACAGGUUAGGAUUGAGUCCACAACUGAGGGAGUGGAAAUAAUAUCCAAAUAUACAAA